AUGAUCUCGUUCGUCGCGACGACGUUCGUUGUGACGAAGGCGAUAGUGACGAUUUGGAAGGUGAAACAGUUGCACAAUAAUUUGAACAUUUUGCUGUCGAGUAUGCUCAUUCAAUGGUACGAAGCGAUUAUUGCCAAGCUUAUCAUCAUUCCGUUUCAGCAUGGAUUGAUCGUUUUUGGAGAUGUCCGCGAGAGUCACAUAUCAUGGUGGACGAGCGAUGCGACAAAAAUCAUCCAAGUCCACAAUUUCUACCAAACUCUUCCAUUGUUCGUCAGCGGCUUCGCAAUUUGGCACUACAUUUAUUCGUUAUUUUUGACGGUUCCCGCGUUGGCCUCCGAACGAGUGGUUUCGACGAUUUUCAUCGACGAUUACGAGAAAACCUCGCGAUUGUAUGUGUCGAUUUCAUUUCUCAUCGUUUCGCAAAUUUUGUCGAUUUUGUUCACACUUUUUACGUUCUUCAAUAUUCUUCAAUUUUAUGGCGCAAUUCUCAUCGCGUCGAUUUGUGUCAUUUUCGCCAUUGUGAUUUACAUAGCGACAUGGCGAAAAAACUACAAAAUUCAUCAGAAAAUGAAGCGAAUAAGCGCUCUGUACACACUCGCCCAACGAUUUCAGGUCAAGGAGAACAUUCGGGUUUUUAAGAUGGCAAAGAAUGUUGUGAUCACCUCAACGAUUCCAUUGAUCUCUUUGGGAAUCAUCCUUUCACUUUUUGUUCAAGAUGUUCUAGACUGCGACAAUAGCGGAUUUCUUAUUCAUUUGGUUGACAAUUGUGUCAUUUUGUACCCUCUGCUGAUUUGCCCAACACUGAUGCUGAGCACAGACGCGUGGACGAAAAGCUAUUUUUCAAGUGUGCCAAUAAUCGGUUGGUAUUUGUCGAAAAUGCUCUCGCGGAAUGUCGAAGUUCGAAAGAAGGCGAGCGCCGUCGAAACCGACAUAUUCCGCAAACGCGAUUGCGCAAUCGCCGCUCGCAUCGCUUUCCGGAAUUCCGAAAAAUUCGCUAUAAAACGCGCGAAAUUUGGCAAUAAUGACAUUGAAAUUCCAAUGGCUUUCUCAUCAUCCACAUCGAUUCCACUCGCCUUCAUCGCAUUCGCUUGCCUUUUCGCCAUCACCCAAUCGGCGGUGCUACCUGUCACCAGCACCGAGCUCGCCGUUGUUUCCGAGUCGACGACUGCCGUUGACACUUUGGGAAGCUCACCAUCUCGCGUCAAGCGUCAGGGUGGUUGUGGAUGCUGCGGAUGCGGUUGCGGAUGCUGCUGCUGUCGGCCAAGAUGCUGCUGCUGUUGCCGUCGCUGCUGCACGUGCUGCAGAACGUGCUGUUGCACCAGAUGCUGCACAUGCUGCCGGCCAUGCUGCUGCGGAUGCGGAUGUGGAUGUUGCGGAUGCGGAUGCUGCGGAUGCGGAGGUGGCAGAAAGAGAAGAUCGCUUCAGAACCUCAAAAUCGACGCCGCCAACAAGGCUUUGGGAAUCAAGCGCCGACAAGACAAGUGCUGA